GUCGGCUCCAGAUGUGUGGGUCGCUAGCUAUGCAACACCAGAUUUGCUGAUAUGAAUUGACACGUCCUUCGUGAACCUAACAAAAUGGCUACAGUGCUAGAUUCCAUUUCUCUAGACGAAAGGAAGAUCCAAGAAAUCAUCAAGAAAACAAAGGAGUAUGCCAUGUUACAUGGUGUACUUAUACGAACAGCAGAAUCACCAGGCCAUUCAGAGAGAGCCCACUAUGCUCCGUUAACUCUUUUUCCGAUGCUGGUACCACGAGAUGCUCUAACCAAGGUGAAGGCCAUACAACCACAUUUCAACAAACUGAUGCACAUGGUGGCACAAGACAUGGAAUUCUUACAAAAAUGUUUGUGCAAUGUUUUAAAGGUCGAUGACUUCAACAAGCGAUUGUGGGACAUUUUACAAGUGGUAACCGAAGAAGGUGCUACCCAGCCUAUUAGUCUUGGAUUGUUCCGAAAUGAUUAUAUGAUGGAUGUUAAACAAGAGACCCCCGUUGACUCUUUGACCUAUGUUGACCCUACGGCCUCAGCCACGGUACCAGACAGUUUACAGAUGAAGCAGAUUGAAUUCAACACAAUAGCAUCUGGUGCUGCUGGUCUUGUAUCACACAUGCACAAUGUACAUCGGUAUUCUCUAACACUGGCUGGAAAACAGUUUGAUGAUUCACAGGUACCCGACAACAAUCCCGCUCAUGGACUGGCCCAAGGAUUGGUGGAAGGAUGGAAGGCUUACGGAAUCAAGAGAACGUGUGUGCUGUUUUUGGUGUCAGAACCAGAACGGAACAGGCUUGACCAGCGUCGACUAGACUUGGAAAUGUUUAUGAUUGACAGAUCUGUUCCUGUGAAAUAUGUCACAUUUGACGAAAUGAAUGAACGAGGAUAUGUCCGAAAAAGCGACAAAGCAUUGAUCAUAGAUGAUUGUGAGGUGGCCGUCGUGUAUUUCCGUAUAGGAUACUCUCCAGCGAAUUACAAAUCAGAAAAGGAUUGGGACACGCGCCUGAUGAUGGAGCGGUCAAAAGCGAUCAAGUGUCCAACCAUCCAGUACCACUUAGCCGGGACGAAGAAGAUCCAGCAAGAGCUUUGUCGUCCUGGAGCCGUGGAGAGGUUUAUUAAGGACGAUAGGAUAGCACGGGACAUCAGGGAGACCUUCGUAAACCAAUAUAGUAUCGACUUGGGUGAAGAUGGCGAUGGCGCAAUAGAGAAGGCAUUUGCUGAUCCUCAGAGAUACGUCCUUAAAACCAAUAGGGAGGGUGGAGGUAACAACGUUUACGGGGAGGACAUUAAGUGUUUGCUGUCAAAAAUGAAGAAUUUGGAGGAACGGGCGAGAUAUAUUUUGAUGGAGAGGAUCUUACCUUGGCCUCAGACAAGCUAUCUUCUGAAAGCCGGAUCAGAGGCCAGCCUCCAGACUGUGGUCACUGAAAUUGGUAUCUUCGGUGUUUAUAUGGGCACUGCGGACAAAGAAAUAUAUAACAGUGUUACUGGCCACGUGUUACGGACUAAGAAUGUGAACUCGGACGAGGGAGGACUAAUGGUGGGACUAUCAUAUAUGGACACGCCAUUCCUUAUAGACUGAUAUUUCUGUAGACAUUACAAUGACACUUGGUCUCCUUUAUUAAAACCAACCAAAAUAAACGAGACUGGAAUAAGAAAUACCUAUGUAAACCCACCGCUUCUUCCUCGACCAAAUGAAAACUCUCCUGAGACACUGGCUCGAUAAUGAGACAACCGGAUUUUCGGGGAUUCUUUGAACGAUGUGUGCCAUAAGAAGUUUGAAUAGUAGAUGGUUUAUAUAUACACACACACGAAAGCUUAAUAACAACAUUAAGAUAGAUAUUAAAUGCCUUUCUUUGUUAGACAUCUCUUCAGGAGGAGAUUGACUAUAUGAAAAUAAAAUAACUCUCCUGGAGAGCUGUGUCGCAGCGAAAAGCCUUGAGAAUCAGUGUUUUGGGGUUUUUGUUAAUUUUCAUUUCAUUUUUC